AUGACUUUUACUCAAAGCGGAAUCAAAUUCGGUGCACAUUCGGCAGAGGAGCAGGAGACGGACGCUUUCGAUAAUGAAGCAAUGAAAUACUUGGCAUGGUUGAUGACUCCGUUGUGCAUCGGAGGAGCAAUCUACAGCUUGAUGUAUGUACCACACAAAUCUUGGUAUAGCUGGGUUGUCGAAUCACUUGCCAAUGGAGUCUAUGCCUUUGGGUUCCUUUUCAUGCUUCCGCAACUGUUUGUGAACUAUAAACUCAAAAGCGUUGCCCACUUGCCUUGGAGGGCUUUCAUGUACAAGGCGUUCAAUACAUUCAUUGACGAUCUGUUCGCUUUCAUCAUCGUUAUGCCGACUGCUCAUCGUGUCGCUUGUUUCAGGUAAUU